AUGACGGUCUUAUUUGAUCAGGAGGUCCGAAUUCAACAUCACAAUAAUCAGAUUGGUCCGUCUACCUCGAUUCUAACACAAAAAGUUCAUCGUAUACGUGUAGAGACUGUUGAGGGGCAACGAGAAACGGUAAAUCUAGAAUUUUGCAAAAUAUAUCGCCUGGAAAAGUCAAUGAAAGCAUACUUUAUGGUAACUUUAGAUGCUUACAAUCGAGCUUUCUGAUCCGAACGAUGAUUCCUUCCUAUGUAAACGCCGAAUCACCGCCGUCGACUUUUCGCAGAUGAAAACAGAGCAGGGUCUUGAUAAACAUCUUAAAUUUGAUGGAUUCGGAUCGGUUAUAGUCGAUUUACUAAACGAAGCUUUGGAUCGGGAAGUCGUUCUAGAAAUCGCGCAUUGUUCGGUCGAUAAUGACACAAGGUAUUGUCGGUUGGACUUUGUUAGAAAGGUAAGACUUCUAAAUUAAUUUUUUGAAUGUCUUUGGAGAAUUUUUUGUAAGAUCCCAUCACUAAAACACAAGGGUUUCUAUCUUCUACUAGAGACCAGUCUCUCAUAACACAGCAUUACAGGUUUCCUGCCGUCGGGUAACCGAUCUUGCCGUCAAAUUGCCAAUUGUAACGGGUACUGAACUAAUUGAACAUCUCUUAUCGAACAAUCGGAUACUAAAAGUAAGUAAGAGCUUGACUAACUUUUCAAUCCAAAUUUUAGGAUAAACAAAGGCGAUUGGACCAACUUGUGUUUACUUUGGAAAAUGAAAGGGACGAUAUGAAGAAACAAUUAGAGAGCGAAGCAGAACGGUCAUCACAACUGCAGGAAAAUGUUGACGAACUGCAGGCAAAGACCAGCGAUCUUGAACAUGAAGUGACAAUACUCAGAACUGAUGUUGAAGUAGGAGAAUGUUUCUUAGAUGGACUUUUUGAAAUUUUUCAUUGGGACAUUAAUGGCACCGCUCUUAGGUCAUUGACCUUCUGGUUUUUAAAAUUUGGUUCUAUAAAAUUUAUCUUGUUUUAGAUGGCUCAGGGCGAGCGAGAUCGAAGUAAUGCCGCAUUGGACGAGCAGAGCGAAGAAAUGUUGGACUUAAAGGCCGAGUUAGAGAGUUUGGAAGAUGAGGUAAGUAGUAUUCAUUCAUUAUAAGUGUAUUUUUCCUCGAUAUUACUUAUUGAAGACUAGAAUGUCACAAACGUGUUUUGAGUAAUAUAAGAUAACGAUCGCUAUGAGGAAAAGAGUUUAUUUUACAGAUUGAUCGAUUACAAAGUAGACUCAGACAUUUAGAGCCGCUUGUCCAAGAGAAUAAGGAUCUGAAAGCGGAGAUUAAAGAGGCCAGAAGGAUGAUAAAACAAUUUCAUGAGAUUGUAGGUUCUUAAUUGGUUUUAUAAUCAUUCGUAUAGACUUGAGGUUUAUCUGUACUCGAUUUAGAACAAAGAGAAUACAGCUCGGCUGGAACGACGGAUCGUUGAGAACGGGACCUUAAUCAAAACCAAUUCAGAUCAAGAAAAGGAGAUUCAAUUUCUGAAGAAACAAAUCAAAGAUCUCAACGAAGAAAAUGACGAACUCAGGAUUCGCGCUCGGCAAGCUGAAGCUGCCUUGGGGCUAGAAGAUAGACCAACGAAAAUUUUGGCUAAUAAUAUGGCCAAGGAGAACAUCGCCAAGGAAGUUGCAAAGGGUGUGGAUGUGGCUGCGGCAUUCAAACCACUGCCUGCUUUUAAAGCGAUUUUACAUGUACGAUUGUUUGCAGGUGUUUAGAUUUUUUAAGCGUUUUCGAAUUAUUUUAGAUCAUCAGAUUUUUUCAGUUUUUUGUAAUUUUUCUCAAAUUUUCAGUCAGACUCUCCUAAACCAACAAAGCUCGGGCAAAUUGCUCGAAACUCCGCGACUCUCCGACAUAAAAAACCUUCAGAUGGAACGACAAAAAAUAGAUGA